AUGGCCGUUAGCCGUCUCCUGGUCGCCAACCGGGGCGAGAUAGCCGUUCGCAUCAUCAGAGCCUGCCAGUCCCUGGGCAUCGAGUCGGUGGCCGUGGUUUCCGAGGCCGACCGGGACAGCAUGCCGGCCCGGCUCGCGAACCGCACCGUGUGUAUCGGCCCGCCCCGUUCCGCCGAGAGCUACCUCAAGGUCGACGCCCUGGUGGCCACGGCGCUGGGCACCGGUUGCGACGCCCUCCAUCCGGGCUACGGCUUUCUGGCCGAGAAAUCCGAGCUGGCCGAGGCCUGCGCCAAGCACGGCAUCACGUUCGUGGGCCCGCGGGCCGACAGCAUCCGCCAGAUGGGCAACAAGCUGCUGGCCCGGGCCACCGUCGCGGCGUUCGGAGUCCCGCUGGUGCCCGGUUCCGACAACGUACGCGACUCCGAGGAUGCGGCGGAGGUCGCCAGGGAGAUCGGUUAUCCGGUGUUGCUGAAAGCGGCGGCCGGCGGCGGCGGCAAGGGCAUCAAGAUCGUCCGGGAGGACGGCGAGCUUCAGACCGCCUUCGGCACCGCGGCGGCCGAGGCCCGGGCGGCCUUCGGCGAUCCCACCUUGUACAUGGAGCGCUACGUCCCCAACGCCCGGCACAUCGAAGUGCAGGUCAUCGGCGACCGCUUCGGCAACGUGGUGCACGUGGGCGAGCGCGACUGCUCGCUGCAGCGGCGCUAUCAGAAGGUGGUGGAGGAGGCCCCGGCGGCAUGUAUCCCGGUGGAGUUGAGGGAACGCAUCCGUGAGGCCGGGCACAAGGUCGCCAGGGAGAUCAAGUACGAGAAUGCCGGCACCGUGGAGUUCAUCUACGACGAGGACCGGCAGGAUUUCUUCUUCCUCGAGAUGAACACCCGCAUCCAGGUGGAGCAUCCGGUCACCGAGAUGAUCACGGGCCUGGAUCUCGUGCAGGAGCAGAUUCGCGUGGCCGGCGGCGAACGGCUGUCGUUCUCGCAAGAAGACGUGCGCUUCAACGGGCACGCCAUCGAGUGCCGCGUUACGGCCGAAGCUCCCUGGCAGGGGUUCAGGCCGUGUCCCGGGACCCUGACCGAGUGGAGUCCGCCCCAUGGGCCGGGCAUCCGGGUGGACACCCAGUGCUUCCCGGGCUAUCGCGUGCCGCCGUUCUACGACUCGCUGCUGGCCAAGCUCAUCGUCCACGCCGACGACCGCGAGCAGGCAGUGGCGCGCAUGAAGCAGGCCCUGUCCCAGUUCAGCGCCGCCGGCAUCGACACCACCAUCCCGUUCCUGGCCGCGGUCAUGGACGAACCGGACUACGUCAGCGGCAGAGUCAGCACCCGCUGGCUCGAGGGCGAUCGACGAGAUGGCGGCCCGCCACGCGUGACCGUGGGCCACGCGCCACCAGAAGCCUGUCCGAGUAGUCGAAUUGUAGCCGAGGUAGGGGCGACCGCCGGUCGCCCCUACGGGGCCGCGCCGUAG